AGCACAGCUGACGCUACACUUGAAGUAAAAUCAAGAAAAGCAAAACCAAUAUAACCUGUUCUCACUCUCAACACAAUACUACAUUUUUUUUUUCUCUGCAAACAAACAUAGAAAACCAAACAAAUCCCAAUUGGCUAAGUGACUAAAAAACAGGUCCCUUUAUUCCCAUUUUUGGGUUGGGAAGUUUUCUAUUUGACUCUAUGAGCAAAGAAAGGCCACCAGAGCCUCUGGAUUUCUUCAUUUGGACUGUUGAGGAUGUUGGUUUAUGGUUGGAAGAAAUAAAUCUCGGUGGCUAUCGUCAGAUUUUCAAAGAGAACGGUGUUAAUGGAGAGUACUUGGAGGGUAUGUCUAUGUUCACGACUGAACAGAUACUACGGUUUAUAAGAAGAUGUCACAUGAAAUGGGGAGACUUCAUAACACUGUGCAAGGAGCUCAGGAGGAUAAAAGUGGCUUGCUUGAAAGGGGAACAAAAAGUCCGCCAACCUUGGUGGGCACCAUCAUGUCUCUCUGUAGUAUUUACGAAGGUGGCCAAGCAUAACAGGCAGUCUAGAGUGGUUUCAUUGAAGCUGGAACCUUGACACUGAUAUCCUUCUGUAUGUAUGUUAAUUUGUAUUUUAAGAGGACAGGAGUAGGAAACUGCCUACAUAUAUUUUCCACUUUUUUUUCGUUCUUUUUGUUGGUUCUUCUUUGGAGAACUUCCUCCUCUGUCCAAGCAUUUACUAUACAUAGUUUUGUAGUCUGCUUUUAUCCUAAAUUAGUUGUGAUGAAUAUAUAUUCAUAUGAAGCAAAAGAGAUACAGUUAUGUAAAAAUCUCUACGUGCACUAUUCUUAUUGAAAACUCUGAUUACUUUUGUGCAA